AUGGUGACCGUUUCCGAGUUCAAUUGGCGUGAUAUUGGUGUCACCAUUGGUGACGCUCAACUCCUUACUCAAGUGCUGGGAUCCCUCCGGACGGGGGAAAUCAUUGCCCUUAUGGGUCCGUCGGGUUCGGGUAAGACCACCCUUUUGAACGUGCUUGCUCAGAGAGGCGUCCCUCCCAAAGCUAAGUUAAGCGGCCGUGUUUACACUGACAACUUUGACGUCACCUCCACCAACAUCAAGAAGUUCUCCUCCUAUGUCGAGCAAGAAGACUCGCUUAUCGGGUCGUUGACGGUGAAGGAAACCGUCGACUUCAGUGCCAAGAUGCUGGACGUCGCCCACAACAAUAAGGAACUGAGACAACAGAGAAACGACCGCGUUAACGAAAUCCUUCUGAUGUUGGGGUUGACCAACCAAGCUAACACCAGAGUGGGUACCCCGUUACAAAAGGGUAUUUCCGGUGGUCAGAAGCGGAGAUUGCUGGUGGCGUCGCAAAUGAUCACCCACCCUCUGGUGCUCUUCUUGGAUGAACCCACUUCGGGGUUGGACUCCACCGCCGCCCACUCGGUGAUCCAAACGAUUAAAAACGCUGCUAAGCAAUUUAACAUGAUGGUGAUUGUGUCGAUUCACCAGCCUCUGACCGCUACCUUCAACUUGUUUGACAAAGUGUUGUUUAUGAGCCGUGGCAGCACUAUUUACAACGGCCCCGUGUCUCAGCUUGUCCCCUACUUUGACGAAAUUGGCUGCCCCAUCCCCGACCACUACAACCCCCUGGAGUUCAUUCUUGACCUCAUCAACACUGACUUUUCCGAUGCUUCUUCUGAUGUCGAUUCAAUUGCUUGUGCUGAGAAAGUGGAAGACUUGAAGGCCGCCUGGAGACGCAAGGACCAAUUAUUGGAAAAGCAGGUUACUGAACAGUCGCGGACGUCGUCGGAAGAAAGCUACCCCGUGGGGCUUGACGAUACCCCUUGCUCCAGAAGCAUCCUCCAGUGCAUCAAGUUCCACCUCGUCCAGACGUGGUACCUUAUCCAACGUCUUUGGAUCAAAUCGAGACGGGAUAUCCUUGCCUAUUAUGUGAGAAUCGUCAUGUACUUGGGUUUAGCCAUCCUUAUGGGUACGGUGUGGGUUCGUUUAGGUCAUGACCAGAAGUACAUCCAGCCGUUUAUCAACGCCAUCUUCUACCUGGGGGCGUUCAUGUCGUUCAUGUCGGUGGCCUACAUCCCCGCCUACCUUGAGGACUACCAGUCGUACAAGAAGGAGCACUUGAACGGGUUGUACUCCCCCUUUGCAUUUGUGGUGUCCAACUUCGUCAUUGGGCUCCCCUUCAUCUUUAUCAUCUCGGUGUUGUUCUCCAUCGUCACCUACUUCCUCUGUAACUUCAGACUCAGUGCCAGCGGGUUCUUCUACUACGUGAUGUGGUUGUUCCUCGACCUUAUCGCCGCCGAGCUGAUGACGGUGUUGGUGCUGACGGUGUUCCCCGUCUUCGUCGUGGCGUUGGCGUUGACCGCCUUUGCCAACGGGUUGUGGAUGGCCUGUGGCGGCUUCUUGAUGCCUGAAAACGUGUUGAACGUGUUUUACUCCAAGUGGUUGAUGUACAUUAACUACCAGAAAUAUGUGUUCCAAGGGAUGAUGUUCAACCAAUUCCCGGCACUGAACGUAUUCAACUGUGACGCUAACUGCCACUGCAUGUACACCUCGCCCCUUCAGGAUCAGUGUAAGAUUCUGGGUGACGCUGUGUUGCAAGCUGUCGGCUACUAUAAGGAACAGAAGGGCCAAUGGGCGGGUAUUUUGAUUGCCAUCAUCUUUGUCUACCGGUUCUUGACCUUCCUUGUCCUCUACUUCAGAAAGAAGUAA